AUGUACAGGUUAAAAUCAGCAGCAUUUCAAGAGAGAUUUAAGGUUGAAGUGGAAGUUGAUGUGGAGGGGCAAGUUGAGGUUGAAGUUGCUGAGGGGUGUACAAUUACCCAAUUUUGUGAUAAGAUUAUUGAUGUGUUCAUGAAUGAGAAACCCAAAUCAAAAGAGUGGAGGAAGUACUUGGUGUUCAGGGAGGAGUGGAAGAAAUAAAGGAAUAGCUUCUAUAAUUGCUGCCAAACCAGGGCUGAGGCUGAAAAUGAUUCUGAAAUGAAGCAGAAAUUACUUGCACUAGCAAGAAAAGUGAAGAAGAUUGAUGAUGAAAUGGAAACAUAUACUGAACUUCUUAAGGAGUUACAAGAUAGCCCCAUGGAUGUAAAUGCAAUUGUUGCAAGGCGGCGCAAAGACUUCGCGGGCGAAUUUUUCCGUCAUCUAACGUUGCUUUCAGAAACCUAUGACAGCUUGGAGGACCGUGAUGCGGUGGCAAGGCUUGGGGCUAGAUGCUUGUCUGCAUCUUCUGCCUAUGAUAAUACACUGGAGAUAGUGGAUACACUAGAUGUUGCCCAAGCCAAAUUUGGUGACAUCCUAAACUCUCCUUCAGUGGAUGUGGCAUGUGAAAAGAUUAAGAAUCUUGUUAAGGCAAAGGAACUUGACUCUUCUUUGAUCUUAUUAAUAAACAGUGCUUGGGCUGCGGCAAAGGAGUCGACAACCAUGAAGAAUGAGGUGAAGGACAUUAUGUAUCAUUUAUACAAAGCCACAAAGAGUAGUCUAAGGAGCAUAGCACCAAAAGAAAUAAAGCUACUUAAGUAUUUGCUGAACAUCACAGACCCCGAAGAGCGAUUCUCGGCAUUGGCCACUGCCUUCUCCCCAGGGGAUGAACAUUAAGCUAGAGACCCUAAUGUUAUAUACAUAACUCCCAAGGAGCUGCACAAGUGGAUAAAGAUCAUGCUCGAUGCAUACGAUCUUCACAAAGAAGACACCGACAUUAGGGAAGCCAAGCAGAUGACUCAACCUGUCGUGAUCCAGAGGCUCUUCAUCCUUAAGGGGACAAUUGAAGAGGAAUACUUGGAACAAGGCAUUAAAUAAAAAAAGAUUCCAAAUCAGAUGAGAUGUAAAUUGUAAGGUACUUUUUUUCUUCAUCACUAAAUCUAUGUCAGCUGUCAUUAUCUGCUAGAGGUGACCAUGAAUUUUGUCCAUUCGGGCUCAACUUGAUUGUUUGUGGGUGCAACUCUAGCUUUGCUUGGGA